CUUACGGUAACCACGCUCUCCCUCCUCACCCUAACCCAUCUUCUCAACCCGCAGAGUUCCCCUCCUCGGAGCUAAAGAGAAGACCUGCUGCUGGAGAGAGGGUUCAGGUUUGUGCAAAAAAGCGGGACCAGACGAAUGCACGGAGAAGCAUGAUGACAGAAGUUUUCGUGAAGUGAGCCAGAAACCAACUCUCCUCUUCUUGGAUGGAUCGACCUGAGUGCCAUGAAGUGCACACAUACAUUCAGAGGAAUGUUGAUCUUGAUCUUUGCAACAUAAAACAUAGUUCUGUGGAAGUGCAAAAUAUGAUAAACGGAUAAAACAGUCUGGACCUGAAUCAAGUCAGGACACCUCUCCUACUUGCAGGGAGUUGUGAUGAUUUUCAAGGGAACAAGCAGGAGUCCUGCCCUCGCUUCUCGCCUUUGAUGAUGAUGGACUUACCCAGCCAGCACUUGCCUGUGGAGGUCAGCUGAAGACGACGCCACGCAGCUAAGUCUGGAUUAGCCGGCCGAACGAGUUUCAAUGCUCCUCCACGUUCUAAGAUGAAGUUAUGGAAAGGUGCUACUUUUGCCUUCAUGCUCUGUGGCGCAGCCCUGUCCAUCCUCCUCGUUAGAAACAUGGCCUCUAUCGGACAGUUCAAACCCAGGAUGAAAUAUCCGUACGCAUCCUCGUCAAGACGGUCUUCGUCAUCAGAAUCGAUAUCCAAGGCCUCGCCGCCAUCCCCCUCGUCGUCGUCGGCAGAAGCGACGGCGCUGUCGAGGCAGAUCGGUGGCCUUCAACGGAGAACCCGCUCAGCGGACGACAUGAACUCCCUCCUCUCAGAAUUUUCCAUGAUGUUCCAGAGCUUCACGGAGGGCGAGCUUCAGCAUGUGGUCGGGACCUUGCUCGACAGGAAGCGGAGGAAGAGCCGGCGCCUGGGCGAGAAGCAGGCCCGAAGGACUAAAAGAGCCCGGAGGCCCAAGCCCUGCUCCCUGAGGGAGCUGGAGCUGACCGUGAGCGAACUGGGUCUCGGCUACGACAGCGACGAGACGGUGCUGCUGCGCUACUGCAGCGGCAAAUGCUCGGCCCACCGGCACAACUACGACAUCACCAUGAAGCACAUGAUGCAGACGGGCUUCAAGAAGAGGGGCCGCAAGGACAAGGUCAGCAACGGGCCCUGCUGCCGGCCGACCGCGUUCGAAAAGGACUUCUCGUUCCUGGACAACAACAGUCGCUAUCACACGGUACAGAACGUGUCGGCGAAGAACUGCGGGUGUGUAUGACCCCGAGAGAUGGACUCAUCACCUCUUGCUGCUGCUCUCAGCCUCUGUUGGAACAGCUGAACGUGGAUGCUGUUAAAGACAAACUGUGGAAUAUUUUUCCGGCUGCUCCACGGCGACCUUUUCCUGACAGGCAGACUUGAUUUUUUUUUUUUUUUUUUUGUCUUGCGUCUGUCCACCCACGUCGUAACCGAAUCACAUGGACAGCGAGCGCUGCGUUUGUGUGGAUUCCAUGUAAAGAGACACAGAAAAUGACUGUUCAUACCAAAAAGUUUUUAAUAUCUUUUCUAUCUGUGUAGUAACACUGUAAACCGUGGUGUAACGAACGAUGUAGCAGCAUUAUGUUUGUGAUGUUACAUUCGAGUAGUAGUACAAACCAUAGAUGCAAUGGUGGACUAGAUAAUUGCUGUUACUACACUUCAAAUCAUGGACUUCACUAACUCCAGUUCACAUGAUGAUAAUGGUGACAGUACAUCACCUUUCAGGCAAAAAAGUGCUUAAAAUCAAUUCCAAAGCCAUAAAUAAAAUAGAAAUAUAAAUCUAGGUAAUGCACCAAUGUUUACUUUAAGCCCUGUGCAGGAUAGUUUGAACCAUUGACCUAAACUGACGUCUGGUGAUGAGCUGUCUCCAGAGAGUAUUCUGACUUUAAAGGUGUGUUGAGCUGUUUGUGACCUGUUUCCCUGCUUGUAUGCACUUCUGUUACUAAUUGCAGUGUUAUUACACAGGUAAAAGAACAUGUUAUUGAUAUGAAUUUGAUAUAGCUCCAGGUUUGAUACCCACCUUUAAUUCUUGUGUUUUGUAUGUUGAUGUGUAGAUUAACGACGAGGACCCCUCUCAAAACACAUAAAUACUCUCUCACUUUAGUAACUGAACCACGUGAAAAUUGAUCCCACCUGCUCUCCAUAGAAUAACUCAUCACACACACACAAAUCAUCAUUUUAAACCUUUUUUUAUAUAUACUUUUCUGCAAAUAACCUAAAAUUGCAAUUACCCAUAAUCAUCUGGAAUUAUUUUCCACAAAGAAUUGCCAAAACACACGAAGUCAAUUCAGCGUGCAUGAUGAAUUCAUUAACUUUGAUUCGUAAACGUCUCAAAUUCCAGGUGAGAUAACCUCAUCAGUGUGGGCUCUGGAUGUAAUUUGUGGACGUUUACGCUCAGAGGUUUUAGCUAAUCUGAGGUGUGUGAGAGAGAAAUGCUUUUAUUUUUUCUCUCGCCGACAGAAAACUAACAAUGAAGUAGAGUCGGGAUGUGGAAAUGUGUUUGCACCCGCCCAUAAAACCCUGCAACUUUCUAUGAUCCAAAGCAGCGCAGCCUUUUAUUGGCCCAUCAAAUGCCUCCUUGUUGUAUUGCCUGGUAGAGUUUUAGGGGAAUAUAAGCUGUUGAAAUGAGUUAUGAAGCAUGUUUCUCACCUUCGACAAUCUUUAUUUGGUUUGAACCCAUAGCAACUUUUUGCCUGAAGUACAAUAAAUUGUGUUUUGUUUUGUUUUUUUUUUGUCCUGAGGAGGUGCAGUGUGGGCCGUGGAUGCGGUGCAUCUUUUAUUGUAGUUUAUAUUGUAUUUAUUUGGGAAGUAAAUUAUGGUUUUUGCAUAUUUAUUUAGAUUACCACACAGAAACGGGACAGCUUAUUAUCAUUAAGCAACUGUGCCAAAAAAUGUUUUAUCAAACAUUCUAUAAAGUCUGCUGAAUAAACAUAAU